GCGGAAGGUCAGAGCGCUGUGGAACGGAAGUGAGAGUAAUAGCCCAUCCGCCAUUGUGGAAUAGAGUAGGGAUAUUCUAAUCAGUCGUUAGUCAGUAACAGAAUGCUUGUUUGAGAGUAAAGCAAGUAGUAUCUAGGUACAAUACUCUUUGCCUUUAGUGACUUAAAUUGAAUCUCUGUUGUCCAGGACGAGCGUGGAAAACAUUUGAACGGGCAAGAAAAACACCGCCUAUAAAUACAGUCAGAUUGAAUAUCCCGAGACGAGAGAGGAAAAUAUCAGGGAGCAGUGGCUGUAAUAGACCGUGAACACCGCAACAAACAGGUUUUAGUUUGGGUUCCUGGAGGAUGUCUGCGACCACUGUCGAUCAGAGACCUAAAGGACAAGGAAAUAAAGUGCAAAACGGUUCAAUGCACCAGAAGGAUGCUGUGAAUGAUGAUGACUUUGAGCCUUACUUAAGCAGCCAGACAAAUCAGAGUAACAGCUACCCACCAAUGUCUGAUCCCUACAUGCCCAGCUACUAUGCUCCUUCCAUAAGUUUCCCCUACUCCCUUGGCGAGGCUGCCUGGUCCACGGCCGGGGACCCGCCUAUGCCAUACCUCACCACCUACGGACAGAUGAGCAACGGCGAGCACCACUUCAUCCCGGACGGCGUGUUCAGCCAGCCAGGGGCCCUGGGUAACACGCCGCCCUUCCUCAGCCAGCACGGGUUCAACUUCUUCCCGGGCAAUGCGGACUUCUCCACCUGGGGCACCAGUGGGUCCCAGGGCCAGUCCACGCAGAGCUCGGCCUACAACAGCAACUAUGGCUACGCCCCCAGCUCCCUGGGUCGGGCCAUAGCUGACGGACAGGCGGGCUUCGGCAGUGACACGCAGCUCAGCAAGCUGCCGGGCCUCAGCAGCAUCGAGCCGGGCAUGGCGGGGCUCAAGUUGGGCUCGGACAUGGCGUCCGCCACCAAGACGGUGGGGUCCCCGCUGGGCGGCUCAGGGGGCAUGAGUAGCAUGGCGGCCAGCAACAUGCCCUCCAUCAGCUCCUCGGCCCCCAAACCCACCUCAUGGGCGGCCAUCGCCCGCAAGCCUGCCAAGCCCCAGCCUAAAAUCAAGCCCAAAGCCAACAUCGGCAUGGGCGGCGGUGUCGCCAUCCCCCCGCCGCCCAUCAAGCAUAACAUGAACAUCGGCACCUGGGAUGAUAAGGGGUCCCUCUCCAAGUCACCCAUGGGCCAGCAGAUGUUGCCCCCACCACCUCCACCCCAGACCCUGGUGCAGCAGCAGAUGAUGGCUCAGCCCCAGACCCUGCUGCAGAGCCCCCUGCCCCCUCAACACCACCAACAACAUCAACACCAACACCAACAACAUCAACACCAACACCAACAACAACACCAACAACAUCAACAUCAACACCAACAUCAACACCACCAACACCAACAUCAACACCAUCAACACCAGCAGCUCCAGCUGCAGGCGCCCCAGGCCCCCCAACAACUACCCCCUGGUCCCCCACACCCCCAUCCCCACUCUCACCCUCACCCCCACUCUCACCCACACCCGCACCACCUUCCCUCUCAGCAAGGCCACCACCAGGCUAUGCACCAACCUCAGCAGCAACAUCAGCAGGGUGCCCCGCCGCAGAACCGCUGGGUGGCCCCCAGGAACCGGGGGAACGCCUUCAACCAGAACAGCGGGAUGGAGAACUUCGGCCUGGGCUCAGGCAUGCCCCUCAGCGGCUCCCCGGCCUCCUGCGAGGUGCACCCGGUGCUGGAGAAGCUCAGGGCGCUCAACAACUACGAUCCCAAAGACUUCGACUGGAACUUGAAAACCGGCCGCGUGUUCAUCAUCAAGAGCUACUCUGAGGACGACAUCCACCGUUCCAUCAAGUACAACAUCUGGUGCAGCACCGAGCACGGCAACAAGCGUCUGGACGCGGCGUACCGCUCGCUGGGCGCCAAGGGUCCGCUCUACCUGCUCUUUAGCGUCAACGGCAGCGGGCACUUCUGCGGCGUGGCCGAGAUGCAGUCAGUGGUGGACUACAAUGCCUAUGCGGGCGUCUGGUCUCAGGACAAGUGGAAGGGCAAGUUUGAGGUGAAGUGGGUGUUCGUCAAGGACGUGCCCAAUAACCAGCUGCGGCACGUCCGCCUGGAGAACAAUGACAACAAGCCCGUCACCAACUCCAGGGACACUCAGGAGGUGCCCUUGGAGAAGGCCAAGCAAGUGCUUAAAAUUAUCGCCACGUUCAAGCAUACCACCUCAAUCUUUGAUGACUUUGCACAUUAUGAGAAGAGGCAGGAGGAGGAGGAAGCCAUGAGAAGGGAGCGGAAUAGAAACAAACAGUAACUUGACCAAGAUGGCCUCCUAGAGUCUGCAACACUAAUGACGUAGAACCUUAAAACUUUGCCUAACCACGAGGAAAACUAAACAGAAAGAGGCUUUCCAAUGUCCUCUCUCUCUCUUCUCUCUCCUGAAGACUCAUGUAUGAACAAACACUUUAACACUGCGCUGGACUUUGUGUGUGUGUGAAGCUAUUUGAUACGUCUGCUCCUCUGCGCUUGAAAGUCACGUGAGAAUGAAAGAAGUCAGUCACUUCAACUGUAUCUUUAAGCACUUUGUCCUUUUUACGGCUUCUACCGCCAUCCUAAAGUCUCCACCACACACCCUGUUAUCUGCUGGUGAAUUUAAUAACAAGUGUAGUCUGUUCUGGAGAAGACAUGUAUAAUUUUAGUUUUUUUUUUUUUUUUGGUUUGUUUUUGUUUUGUUUUCUGUUGGUAUUCCUCUGAUCAUCAAAAAAAUGUUAGGGCUCUCAGAGAAGAUUGAAAGUAAUAUUAUGUACCACAUACCAGAAUACAACAACAACAACAACAAACUUGUACUUGAAUCUGUGUGCUUGAUUCUGAAGAGGACGUGGAUGCCCAUGUUUGUUUGUGUUUGAAAGCCUUGUAGGUUAAACAAAAAAAAUAAAAUCACGUCUGUCUGUUGUAGACAAACAAGAUGGCAGUUGAGGUGGCACAGACUAGGCUUAGAUGUGGCCCAGAUCAGUCGCAGAGUUAGCAGACAUCUCCCCACCCCUCAGCUCUUUCUGUUUUCCGUGUACCAACAGAGGAUCAUUAAUUCUUAUGCACCGGUUAGUGCCCAACUCUUCUCCUGUAAUAACGUCAUCCAGAAGUGCUUUUGUCUAAAGGGGAAUCUUGCUCUUUGGUGGCAGUCAGGACUGUCCUCUUUAGCGCGGUAGUGUGUCUGUCAGAACCAGGUGUCUAGCUCAGGAGGGCUCUUGUAACGCAGUCGGGCUCGGACUGUGUGGUGAACUUAAAUACAAAGGCCAAUAGUAGCCCUAAUGCAGAGCCUUAUAAAGGACAGAGACAGGUUUGUGUGAAAGUGACUGGCAAAAAUAAAGAUUAUGUUUAACCAUCCCACUUUUAUUUAUUUUUUGUCACUGAAGACACAGCUCCCUCGUGAUGUUAAAUGGUGUGAACAUUUCACAUACUUCCAGAAUGGUUUUUGUAUACCUGUUUUUGUUUGUUGUUUUUUUCUUUUUCUUUUUCUUUUAGUAAUGCAAAAUACAUUCUUGUUUUGGCAUUUGACCUUAUUUAUCAAACAUCCCACUGAAAUCCAUGCAAUAAUGAUAAAGAUAAUACUAUUAUUAAUAAUAAUAAUAAUAAUAAUGAUAAUAAAUAAAUAAAAUUGUAACAAAAACGAAUGAAUCGUGCACUAGUCUAUUAUGAUCAGCCAUUCAAAGCUGACUUCAGAGGUGCCCUUUAUUCCUACUGUGUGGCAUGGUCUGCCAUGUGGAGUUUGAAAUUCCAUCCCUUCAUAAGACACGAUGCCCCUGAAACAUCUGUAAGUAAUAUACCGUAAUUGCAGUCCCUGGUAUUUCCUCUAGAUUGACUCAGCGCUGCCUUGUUCAUAGCUCCUGUUUCUGGGGUGUCUCUCCUCUUUCAGCCUCUGUUGGGAGGAUGUGAGUGGCGACGGUAAGCUGCUGUGCACCCAAUCAGCCGGGAGCAGGAGACGCACUAUUAAAGAUCUCGUUUCUCCACCCCCCCCCCCCCUCCAUAGGCUAACAUUUGGGAAUCAAAGAUGAAACUCUUGCAAAACAAACUAAGCCACCUCUCCCCUCCCUUUUUGUCUCUCUCUCUCUCUCUUUCUCUAUCUCUCAAUCUUUCUGUGUGGUUUUUACUCAUGGCCAUGUCUCUGUCUCUCUCUGGGUGACUGUCAAUCUAUGCUUUUCGAUGAUGCUAAUACUUAGUGCAUUCUGAUGUGAUUACUGAAAAUCUGAAUAAAGAAAAUAAAUACAGAUCUAUGGAAACAAACCUGAGUUCUUUGUUUGAAGAAAACUAUAUAUUCCCACCCAGAGUUUUGUUGUUGCCUGUAGUUGGGUUUUCUCUUUAUAAGUUAUGAAAGACAAAUAAAGUUUAUGGAAACAUA